GUAUCGUGUGGAUGAAUCUGCGUAAGCCAUGGGUGCCAGGGAUGCAUCCACCCACCCACACACACAGACAGGCGAGACAGACAGCACGUCAAUGCAUGCGAACAAUGGGAUCGAUCGAUGUGACUGCCUGAUUAUUCGUUCAUGUGUAUGUAUGCGGCUGACACACAAACAUCUUCGCAUCAAUUCAAUGUCCUGAAACUUUCGUGAGUGUGCUGCUUGGUCGCUGUGCAACGAUGUACACUGCAAGUGUUGCAAGCGAGAGGCCCGCCCGUGGCUCCCCAGCAGUGCUGGUGCUGCUGCUGAGUCUGUUCAACCUCCUGACCGCACCUCUGCUUCUCUCUCUUGCCAACGUGGCAUCGACGUCCGCCAUCCGCCGCUUGCACCUCAUCAGUGCGGCCGUGAGACUGAUUUCUGCCAUGUGAGUGUGUGAAGCACCGGAUGAUUGAUGGACACAUCCACUGGUCAUUCGAUUGCUUGUGUCUGUGUGCGUCUGUGCGUGUCUGUUUCAGUCCUGGGUUCGGCUACGUCAGAGUGGACGCAUGUGUAAGAUGGACGGCGACAGACAUGCCAGGCAGACAUGUCUCUCUCUCCAUUUAUGUGUGUGUGUGUGCGCAGGACAAGAAGCGUCGAGUGAAUCUGCUGACGUGGUUCUGUGCCUGCAAUUGGCUCAACGUGUCCCUGCUCGUGUGGAUUCUCAUCUCAUACGCGAUGAGAGUGUCCGACGGCCGCCUCGGUACCCACAUGAGCCCCCCAGGCCACAUCGCUUCUCUGUGUGCCUCUCUCUCUUCAUUCAGGCCCUCAAGCGUUCGCUUCCGCGCUCAUCCAGACAGGCGUGUAUGCGUUGAUCCAUGGCAUGGUGUGUGUGCAAAAACAAGGCCAGAGCAAAGCCGCCGACACACAACUGACCAAUGUGCGUGAGUCAUGCACGUGGGGAGCAAGUUGACACACUCAGGCACACACACACACACACACGCACACACACACACAGUCUCUGUCACUCAUUUGUCUCUGUCACUCAUUUGUGUGCAGGCGGACGUUUCCAUGUUUGCGGCCAAGAGCGACCUGAGCAUCUUCCAUGAGUCUUGGCUGCACAGCGACGCACCCAUCAUCGGCAGCGGCAGUUGCAUGUCCCAGCGCACGGCCUCCUACUCCUUCAAGUCCGCCUACGACGAUGUUGGCACAUUCUGGCGGCUGGACCUGUCAGAAGAAAACAUGUCAGACGACGAUUGUGGGGCACUCAUCUGAGCGAACGAAUGAAAGGACAU